CUGAAUUCUACCCGGGAUAUGGAUUUCAUUCAAGCAAGAAUUGAACCAUACCUAAGUAAAGCUGUGCAAAUCCUGUCCGAUCUAGCAAUUAAUAUACUUUUCUUCCUAGGAGGCAUCGUCACUGCUGGACAAUCCAAAACAUCCGUCAUUCUUUGGCUGGUGCGAGUAGAGAAGCUUUUCUAUUAUGACAGGUAUGAACAUUAAUUAAUCGCAGCAACAGCUAGAAAUCGG